GCUGACGUUUUAAUAGGUGCUGGUUGGAAGCAGCUAUGUCUCCUCUGCCCGGUCAUGAUCAUACGUCCAGUUCCACAGCCUCUUCGGACGGCAAAGGGGAUACAGAUUCAGCAGCGAAAGGAGGAAAGUCAACGAAAAGGACGGGUCCUAGCUAUGUAUAUUACCGUCUAUACACCAAACUCGGUGCAUUUGAAUCGAAUCACGCCCUCUACCACAACGACCCUUUCAUUGGCCGCAUUCCGUCGAAAUUGUUUUCCCCUCCCCAUACGGUGGCGUCUAUCAAGCGGUCCCUCUGCAAAUUUGAGGGCCUUUCGGAGCCCGACAAGGCGCUUGUUUUCACACCGCUCUCAAGCCCAGCACUCAAAGAAGACUCUGCCCGCCUCUCUUUGAAAGCUCCUUCUGGGCCAGGGCUGUCUGAACAUGAUCCGAUUGCGUUGAUUGUCGAGUCGGAGAAGCGGACCAAGGAGGUCAUGCAGUCGGAGAAAUUGCCGGAACGCUCUGAUGAUACUGAUGUCCACUACGGCAAGUCUUGCCGACUAUACUAUCGUGUUUACUCAUCAGAAGGAGAAGGAGAUGAAGAAAAGGCAAAGACGUCCUUUGACGAGAGUGACAUGUCGUUAGGGCGCAUCAACGCCGUCUUCAUCGCUCCCCCUCAUACCGCUGGGUCAUUGAAAGCAUGCAUCGCAAAAGCUGAAGGCCUCGUCACGCCCGGUCAUGCACUCUACAAGGACAUGGAGCUCUUCCAAGACAUGACUAGUGACGCUGCCAUGAACGACGCCGACAUCAUAUCCUUCCAAGGUGACGCUUAUCCGGGUAGCGAUGAAAGCGAUCCCGUAGCCCUUGUCAAUGCAACCACCACUACAGCAACGGACCAAAAGGCUAAGCCUACAUCAGGUAAAGUUCUCGGCAGAUAUCCACUAGACACUGCAGCAACAAACCGUGCUCUUUCAGAUGGACCAGAUUCAAAAUUCACAAAACGCGCUCGGUUACUCUAUACUCUCGGCAACAAUAAAGAGGCUUCUGCCUGGCUAUCAGGCAACAAAGAUGAGAUCGUUUACACGGAUGAAGUUCGUGUCUCCAAAGUUUACUUGAUCCACGGCGGUAUUUCUUUCCUUUUCUGCUUCGUCACAAUGAGUUAUGAAGGAAACAUGGCGAUCAAUUCCAAGGGCGAAAAAGGCUUUGUGUUUAAGGGGAAUCUUGCUUAUGAUUGA